AUGGCUGACCAAUUCGAGAAAACUUUAAAAUUGUUCCUCGUCCCCAUGAGACUGACAUUAACAAGUCCAGAAAUUCCUAUUACAUUCAAAUGGUUGAUCCGUUACUUAUUGGGCUUCUUAACUUUAACUGCUCUAGCAAUUGUUAUCACCUACAACACAUAUAUAAGUAUAACAAAUCGUGUUUUCUUCGAAGCUUGCCGAAAUAUAACCUUAAGUCUUACGUAUUACGGUUGCUGUAUGAAUAACAUCCUUUCGUUCUGGCAUAGAAGUUCACUGAGAGCACUCUUGGAGACGAUAAGACAUGAUUACAAGAUGGCCGCUCAAUUGCCGCGGGAAGAACAGCUGAUCUUCGAAGAUUACGAUCGCAAGAAGUGUUUGAUGUGCAAGAUAUGGUUUCAUCUUUUCACCGUCUCUUUAUUUUUAUUCGUUGCCAAGGCUGUCGUUUUGAUGAUUUAUUACUAUUUUAUUGGCGAGUUUAGAUUGGUGCAUUUAUACGAACUUACUUAUCCAGAUUUCAUUGAGAAAAGAAAGGGAGAAUUGGUCAUAUAUUUGUUUAUAUUUUGUAUCGUUUUUUUAUAUGGUCUUCUUUCUGGUCUUGGGUUUGCAAGUUUUGUGCCAUAUGGGACGAUCUGCAUGCUUCACGCUUGUGGUCAUCUGGAAAUAGCUAGAAAGAGAAUCGAUUCCUUGUUCACCGGUGAUCGAAGAUACGUAAAUGAAAAAUUAAAAAACAUUGCGCAGUUACUUCAGUAUACUUACAAGUUUAUGGAGAACACAAAUGGAUGUUUCCGACUAUUUUACGAUGCCACACUGAAACUGUCAGCCAUCGCUAUUCCGUUUACUUUGUACGCUUUAUUAGAGGGUCUUCGACAUGGAGAAUUUAGUUUGGAAUUCACGAUGUUUGUAUUAAAUGCCAUAAUGCUGACCAGUAUACCUUGCUACCUAAGUGAUAAAUUAUUGGAAAAGGGAGAAGAAGUGCGACUAGCGCUAUACUCGUGCGGAUGGGAGUGUGAGUACAACCGGCGUGUGCGCAUCAAUAUACUGCUGCUACUCACGCGCUGUUCCCGACCUAUAGCCAUGCAGACUAUGUUCACUACACUCUGUCUAUACGCUGUUACUGAUAUGUUUCAGCAGGCCUACACUAUCUUAAACCUGAUGAAUGCUGUAUGGAACUAA